AUGGGGACGCUCGCGGCCAAACUGCUGCUGCCCACGCUGAGCAGCCUGGCCUUCCUGCCCACGGUCAGCAUCGCCGCCAGGAGGCGCUUCCACAUGGAGGCCAUGGUGUACCUCUUCACCAUGUUCUUCGUGGCGCUGCAGCAGAUGAAGGAGAAGAGGGGGCUGUACCCCGACAAGAGUGUCUACACCCAGCAGAUAGGCCCCGGCCUCUGCUUCGGGGCGCUGGCCCUCAUGCUGCGCUUCUUCUUUGAGGACUGGGACUACACCUACGUGCACAGCUUCUACCACUGCGCCCUGGCCAUGUCCUUCGCGCUGCUGCUGCCCAAGCUGAACAAGAAGGCGGGCGGCGCGGGCGCCCCGGCCAAGCUGGACUGCUCCACGCUCUGCUGCGCCUGCGUCUGA